AUGAAUUCCCUGUUUUUAAUCGUUAUACUCCAAGGUCUUCCAGCUAUAUGCUGGGGCCUGGAGUGCUAUGUGUGUUCAGCACAGUCAAACAAUAUGGACAAAUGUGUGAAGACUACCAUACAGUGUAGAGAGACACAGGAUGCAUGUCGCACACAGAUUAUGUGGAAACAGCCAGAGUUUUGGCAGCCCAGGAGUGAACGUUACCAUUACGUGUCGAAAUCAUGUGACAGGAAAGAUAGAUGCGAGGCAGAAAGUGCCAGUAAGGGCCUUAAAUGUAUGCGUGACUGGUACCGCGACUGGCACUGCAUAGAAUGUUGUCAGGGCGACCGGUGUAACUACUACACAACGCUUGGUGCUGGAACAACACAAAUCAGCAUGACUUUGUUGGCAGUGGUUUUAGCUGUUCAUUUUUUCUUCCGAUUGAGAUGAAGGUUUGGG